AUGGCGCCUACAAGCGGUCUCAGACUGGAAACCGUAACUCUCGACGACGUUCCUGCUCUCACCGAGGUUUGGUUUGCAGCGUUUACUGAUCCUGAAUUGCGGCGCCUAUGGCCUGAUACUCCAGGUGUACGCGGUUGGUGGGACGAGGCCAACCGUAAUGACCUACUCAAUAAGCCCUUUCAGCGGUAUGUCAAAGUCGUUGAUCCUCAGACAUUAGACGCCCACGGCCGCCCACGUAUCGCUGCCUUUGCGAAGUGGGAUCUCUCAAUGCCCGAGGACCGCGGACAGCGGUACCCGCCCUGGAACAAGGAUAUGCCAGCUUCGGUGUGCGACCUCUUCUUUCAGAGAGAGGAGAAGGAAAGGCGACGUGUUAUGGGGACAGAGAAGCAUUAUUAUUUAGACACAGUCGCGACUCACCCCGACUACCAGAGGCGAGGGGCUGGCUCAAUGCUGGUAAAAUGGGGCAGUGAUCUUGCGGAUGAAAAUGGCGUUGCGGCGUAUGUGGAUGCAAGCAAAGAUGGCGCACCAUUGUACCAGAGGCACGGAUUUGUAGAUGAGAGUGAGCCUGGUGCAGGCGAUAUUGCCUCAAUGGCUCGACGAAGGCGUUGA